GCGAGGACCGUGCUGCGUGCGCGAUAUUGUGUGUGUAGAGAGAUCAGUGUGUGUGCUGGGAGUGGGAGAACGGAGAGAGAGACGGCUAAAGGAAAAAAAAGACCUAAGCGGAGAGGGGAAAAAAAACAAGAGAGCAAGCAGCUCUAUUCGCCCAACGAAUAGGACAAGGCCAGCCACGACUGGCUGGUCAGACGGAGUGGACUUUAUUAAAAGAUGUAUUUUUUCCCCAGUCGUUUUAUUUGAUCCUGUAGGUUACUACCUACACACACUUCUUCCACGACCGUGCGGGCUUCCUGGGGAAAACAAGGCAAAGAAAACGGACACGUUGGGGAUUUCAGUCGCCUGGCCGAGCUGUUGUUAGGCUAGUGGAGCUACUAUUCUUUCUCAUUGUAAAAAAAAAAAAAAAAAAAAAACGGCUACAUGGUUGUUCGAUUCCUGACUGGUUCGCCCGUAUUUCCCGUUGCUUUCAUCUAAACAGCGUUGGGAUACAGGCUGGAGUUGGGUAUUUUGUCGAACGCAAGAGUUACAUUUGGGGCAAGGUAGUCUGCUAAUUGUUGCCAUUUUCUCCCUCGCAGCGACCGCGGCUCCAUUGGUUCUCCCUCCCCCUCUUUGUCGUUCGCCUAGCUGAGCAUUUCAAAGGCAGUUCUACCUUUCCAGGCAUUCUUUUUUCCUUAUCGUGGCCUCCUCGCUUCUCGCCGUCUCAACUGUGGAACAAAAACCCACGACACGCGUUCGACUCGGAAUAUAAAACAGAUCCGUCGAAUCGUGGCCGUGUUAUGCCAAAGAAAAUAGUUUUUUAUUUGUUUACAUAUACUGUGUAGGCCCCGAUUGACCGUUUACUUGCUUUUUUUUACUUUGUAAAUGUUUACAGCUUGCUUCUUCACACUGUUGUUCAUUUGAACGGGCAAUGCGUUUGUUGCAUAUAUAGUUUCAAUUUUGUAAAUAUCUUUGUUUCUACCUUUUUUUAUUUGCAACUUCGAAACACUAUUGAGUGUUAAGACAGGGAAAUUCGUCUGUUAAAGGCAAGGAAACUACCUCUGAAGAAAGGAUUCUACCUUUUCCCUCCUUCCUCGGACAACUGUCACUUUUUCCCUCCCUAGUUUUGUCGCAAAAACGGCGACAUUUUUCUAAAAGGCAUGGAGGACCAGGCCCGCAUGAUGUCGGGUCUCGUCGGGCUGUCCGGACUAUCUCAGGCCGACGUGGGGGACCAUGACGCGGUGCGGAAGCAGCACUCCCUCGGUCAGCCGCAGCAGGACAUCGGGGAUAUCCUCCAGCAGAUCAUGGCCAUCACGGACGAGAGUCUCGACGAGGCCCAGGCUAGGAAACAUGCAUUAAACUGCCACAGAAUGAAGCCUGCCCUCUUCAGCGUGCUGUGUGAGAUCAAAGAAAAGACAGUCCUCAGUAUUCGCGGGAUCCAGGACGAGGACCCCCCGGAUCCUCAGAUCAUGCGACUGGACAACAUGCUGCUGGCAGAGGGCGUGUCUGGCCCGGAGAAGGGUGGGGCCUCGGCGGCAGCGGCUGCGGCUGCGGCGGCUGCAGGCGGGUCCCCGAACGACGGCAGCAUAGAGCAUUCAGACUACCGGGCCAAGCUGGCCCAGAUCAGACAGAUCUACCACUCCGAGCUGGAGAAGUACGAGCAGGCGUGCAGUGAGUUCACCAACCACGUGAUGAACCUGCUGCGGGAGCAGAGCCGCACGCGGCCCAUCUCUCCCAAGGAGAUCGAGCGCAUGGUGGGCAUCAUCCACCGCAAGUUCAGCUCCAUCCAGAUGCAGCUGAAGCAGAGCACCUGCGAGGCCGUCAUGAUCCUCCGAUCCAGGUUCCUGGACGCCAGACGGAAGAGGCGUAACUUCAACAAGCAGGCGACGGAGGUGCUGAAUGAGUACUUCUACUCCCACCUGUCUAACCCAUACCCCAGCGAGGAGGCCAAGGAGGAGCUGGCCAAGAAGUGUGCCAUCACCGUCUCUCAGGUGUCUAACUGGUUUGGUAACAAGCGGAUCAGGUACAAGAAGAACAUUGGGAAGUUCCAGGAAGAGGCCAACCUGUACGCAGUGAAAACAGCUGUGGACGCGGCCAGUGUCUCCUCACAGGCCAGCCAGGCAAACUCCCCCGCCACGCCAAACUCGGGUGGAUACCCAGCGCCGUGCUACACCCCUGACGGGAGGUUAUGAGGAGCAGCCUGGAGGAACUCUGCCCCCCCCAUUGUCUCCAUGUUAACAGUGGAAGGCAGGACGGCCCGGACCCCCACCCUCCCACCAAGGCACAGAGCAGUGUACACUCAGACACUUCAGACUGAGAAGUGCCCCCCUCCACCCAUAAUCACCCACCUGGAUAUCCCCUGUACCCCUCCACCCAUAAUCACCCACCUGGAUAUCCCCUGUACCCCUCCACCUGCCCAGCUUCACCCAUAAUCACCCACCUGGAUAUCCCCUGUACCCCUCCACCCAUAAUCACCCACCUGGAUAUCCCCUGUACCCCUCCACCCAUAAUCACCCACCUGGAUAUCCCCUGUACCCCUCCACCUGCCCAGCUUCACCCAUAAUCACCCACCUGGAUAUCCCCUGUACCCCUCCACCCAUAAUCACCCACCUGGAUAUCCCCUGUACCCCUCCACCCAUAAUCACCCACCUGGAUAUCCCCUGUACCCCUCCACCCAUAAUCACCCACCUGGAUAUCCCCUGUACCCCUCCACCUGCCCAGCUUCACCCAUAAUCACCCACCUGGAUAACCCCUGUACCCCUCCACCCAUAAUCACCCACCUGGAUAUCCCCUGUACCCCUCCACCCAUAAUCACCCACCUGGAUAUCCCCUGUACCCCUCCACCUGCCCGGCUUUACCUAUAAUCACCCAGCUGGAUAUCCCCUGUACCCCUCCACCCAUAAUCACCCACCUGGAUAUCCCCUGUACACCUCCAACUGCCCCCCUCCACCCAUAAUCACCCACCUGGAUAUCCCCUGCCCCCCUUCCCUUAAACUAAAUCCAGUCCUUAAUAAGUCCCACCCACCUCACAUACGUUCAGUUGGACCUCAAACUGAGUAAUCUGCUUCCCUCCCUCAUCUAUCCCUUCUCCUACACCGCCUACCACCCUCUAGAGCCUCCAUGACAUCAUCCACUAUCCUACUACCACAAAGCCCUUCAUUACAUCAUCCACUAUCCUAACUCCCCAGCAACCCUCCAUGACAUCAUCCACUAUCCUAACUCCCCAGCAACCCUCCAUGACAUCAUCCACUAUCCUAACUACCCAGCAACCCUCCAUGGCAUCAUCCACUAUCCUAACUCCCCAGCAAACCUUCAUGGCAUUCUCACCUAUCCUACCACCCCAACACCUUCCUGACGUCAUCCUCUAACCUACGACCCCAAUGCCCUCCGUGACGUAAUCCCUUCUCUCUUACGACCCCGACACCUUGACUUCAAUCCCUGACCUACGACCCCAACACAUCAUCCCUUCCCAUCUCUCCUCCCCUCUCCCCCGUUCACACGUUGUCUGACAUCACAGUCUCUUUUUCUUUCUUUUUAUAUUCACUCCUUUAUUUUUCUCUCGUUUUUUAAAAAGAUAAUUUAGUCACAAAUGUAGAGAGGUUUUUUCUAAUACUGUUUCACAAAGACGCACCAGCCGAGUGUGUUGGAGCCCGACGUGGACUCAUCAUGUUACUCAAAAAGAAGAACGAAAUAAAAAAUGUAUAACAAAAAAGUAAUAAAAAAAACAGAAUAUGUUACUUGUCUUCCAUGCAUGUAGUUCUUUUUAGGUGUUUAGCAAUGAUUGUAUUUUUUCGUUUUUGUUUUUUGACUUUUUAAAAAAAAAGUUGCUACAGAGAAAAAUGUAUACAACAAAAACUUCUAAAUGGCAGAAAAUAACCAAAAAUGAAUAAACACAUUGUAUGUCAAUUAUUAA